CACGGCUUUGCUUUGGUUGUGGUAUGGAAUCUGCUCGUGGCUGAAGUGGUGAUGCUGGGCAAGGGGAAGGGCUGGAAACAAAGACCACAACCUGCCUGGAAGGACCUGACCCUGCGCUGGCAAUGGCUUCUCAACCUGUGAUUACGGUCCAGCCCCAGCUUUUAGCUACCCAGCAGCCAGGGCACUGGCAGACAGGGCUGAUGGACUGCUGCACCGACUGUGGUGUCUGUCUGUGUGGGUCAUUCUGCCUGCCCUGCCUGGCGUGCCAGGUGGCUGGGGACUUGAGCGAGUGCUGCCUGUGCGGCUCCAGCGUGGCCAUAAGGACCAUGUACCGCACCAGAUACAACAUCCCGGGCUCCAUCGUCGGAGACUAUGUCACCAUCUGGUGCUGCACCCCAUGUGCAGUCUGCCAGCUCAAGAGAGACAUCAACCGGAGGAGGGAGUUGGGCAUCUUCUGGUAA